AUGUCGCCAGUCGCCCCCAAGCAUGAUAGUGGUCGCUUGUAUGCCCUUCACAGAGACUCGAAUGCCUUCAGCGUUCAAUCAGACUUUCGUCAUGCUCUCUCGCACAACCCAGCUUGCAAACUGGAGAGAAACGAAGUCAACCCCUGGGCUGAUGUCUUUGUCGCAUACUGGAAGGCUGUUGGUGAGAUUCUCAUUGCCGAAGAAUCACUCAAUCUAGGAAAGAACGCGACCAAAUCUCAAAGCAUGGUCGCCAACUGGGACAAGGUUUAUAAUGCUUGGAAGGACCUUCUCAAUGCUCUUCUGAGAGGUUACCAGAUUGAAGUCUUUGAUGCCUGGACAAUACCUUGUCUUUACCUUGUGGGCAAGUACCUGCGCGUCUUUGCCAUCAAAGCCGAUGAUGCUGCAUUCCAAAAGGGGCAGACGUCAUUCAACGCCUUCGAGGAGGAUGUCGGAGAUGCUGCCGGAGGAAAUGAGAAGCUCGAGGAUGCUGCACGCCAGAUCAACAGAGUCUUCAGUCUUUGCAUUGGUGAUAGAUCUCCCAUUGAGACCUCGCGCAAAUGGGGCGCAUACUACAUUGCGAACUUGCAGUUCAAGACAUACUUCAAGCUGAACUCAAUUGCACUCUCACAAAACGUCAUUCGAUCACUCUCAGCGACAAACACAGACUUGCCUCCACUCGAGCGGUUCCCUCGUGCUCAGCAAGUCACUUACAACUACUACCUGGGCGUCCUUAAAUUCUUGCAUGAGGAUUACGCAAAAGCCGAGGAACAUCUAACCAUUGCUUACAACAAAGCAUUGACAGGAUCCACUCGCAACAUCAGACUCAUUUUGACAUAUCUCAUCCCGACUAGACUCAUCACUGCCCAUGUUCUACCUACUCAGACAAUGUUGGCACCCUAUCCUGGUCUGCAACGCCUCUUCGCUCCGCUUUGUGCUUGCAUCAAGAAGGGUGACCUGGCCGGUUUUGACGCUGCUCUCCAAGCAGGAGAAGAAGAGUUCGUCAAGCGCAGAGUAUAUCUCACCCUCGAACGUGGCCGUGACAUCUGUCUUCGCAAUCUGGUCCGAAAGGUCUAUCUUGCUGGUGAGCUCGAAGCACCAAAAGAGGGCCAAGAAGGCGCAGAGUCAGUCCGAAGGAGCCGUAUCCCGCUGAGGGAAUUCACUGCUGCCUUAAAACUUGGUGGGGAGACCGAGCUCGAGGGUGACGAGGUCGAGUGCUUGCUUGCCAAUCUGAUCUACAAGGGCAUGAUGAAAGGGUACAUCUCUCGAGCCCAUGGAAUGGUCGUGCUCAACAAGAAGGGUGCUUUCCCCGGUACUGGUGUAUGA